AUGGAAAUCGUAUGGUCGCACUCGUUUCAAUUGAACGGUCAUUGCAUGAAUAAAAAACUUGAGCUAGUUCCAUACGAGGUAACUGUCAGAAAUCCUAAAAAGACAACUUUAGUUUCUUGUAGUUUGCAAAAUAAUGCUACUUCAUUUCAGUUAGCUAAAAACCCAUUUGAGAAAUCAAGUUAUACACAUGGGUUUUUGACCACAAAGUCUGUUAUGGAUGUUUCAAAGGUUAAUAGCAUGGUUAAGGAGUAUACAGAAGAUGGGUUUUUUGAGGAUGCAAUUAGAGUGUAUCUUGAUUUCAUUGAAUAUGGGUUUCCUGUUGAGUUUAGAUUUUUUCCUUGUUUGAUUAAAGCAUAUGGUGGGCUUUGUGAUGUCAGUAAAGGAAAACAAAUUCAUGGGCAUUUAUUAAAGUUCGGAUUUUUGGAAGAUGUGUAUGUUAAAAAUUCUCUUUUGGGUAUGUAUUGGAAAUGUGGGGCUGGUGGGGACGCGGUUGAAAUGUUUGAGAGGAUGCAAGAGAGAGAUUUGGUUUCGUGGAAUACAAUGAUAUCUGGGUUUUGCCAAUCAGGAGAUUAUGUGAAAUCGUUGACGAUGUUUGGCAGGAUGGUUAAGGAACGGGGUGGUGAAUGUCCUAACCGAGUGGCAUAUCUCGCUGCUCUCUCAUCAUGUGGUUCGAUUCAGUGUUUGACUCAUGGAGAAGAGAUUCAUGGGUUCCUUGUGAAAAAUGGGCUGCAUUCUGAUGAGUUCUUGGUUAGUGGGUUGAUUGAAAUGUACAUGAAAUGUGGAGAUAUAAAGAAUGCUGAAAAUGUUUUUGAGAGAAUUCGUGAUAAUGAUUUGGUGGGAAGAAAUAGGGUGGUAUGGAAUGUGAUGAUAUUGGGGUAUGUUUCUAAUGAAUGUCUAUCAUUGGCGUUGGACUUGUUUGUUGAGAUGUUAGAAUUAGGGAUCACCCCAGAUUCCCCAACUGUGGUCACUCUUCUAGUUUUGUGCUCCCAGUUGUUGGAUUUGGCUGUUGGAAAGCAAAUCCAUGGACUCAUUCUGGGUCUUAGCCUGGAUGAUGUAAGAGUUGGAACAGCUCUUAUGCAGAUGUAUUUUAAAUGUGGUGAUCCUGAAACUGGUUUGCAAAUGUUCAGAAGGUCUCAAUAUUAUAACUUAGUCAUGUGGGGUUCAGUGAUGUCCAAUUGUGCUCAGAAUGGUUACCCAAAUGAAGCAUUACAAUUGUUUGGUGAGUUUAUGUUGGAUUAUGGUUUUCCAGAUCCUGUCAUUCUUUUGGCUGUACUCCGGGCAUGUUCAUUCUUGACGCUUAAGCCUAGAGGGAUGGAAAUUCAUGGAUUGGCUAUAAAGAUGGGGUUUGAUUCUGAUGUUUUUGUUGGUGGUGCUCUGGUUGAUUUCUAUGGAAAAUGUGGAGACAUGAAGUAUGCUCAACAAGUUUUCCAUGGAUUAUCAACCAGAGAUCUGGUUUCAUGGAAUGCCCUAAUAUCUGGAUUUGCUCAAAAUAAGUGUGCAGAUGAGGCUUUAAUGGCAUUUCGUGAUAUGCAAACUGAACAAAUCAAGCCCAAUACUGUAACCAUGGCAUGCGUUCUUUCUGGUUGCUCUCACUUGUCAGUUAUGAUCCUUUGUAAGGAGGUUCACUGCUACCUACUACGACAUUGGCCAGAGACCAAUGCUCUUGUAAGCAAUUCUCUAAUAAGUGCCUAUGCCAAAUGUGGGGACAUACAUAGCUCAUGGACUGUGUUUGAGAAAUUGCCUGUAAGAGAUGAAGUUUCGUGGAAUUCAAUCCUACUGGCUUUAGGAAUGCAUGGCCAUACUAAUGAAAUGUUUGCAACAUUUGAAAAGAUGAAAGAAGCAAACUUAAAGCCUGACCAUGGAACUUUUACUACCCUCCUAUCUGCCUGCAGCCAUGCUGGGAAGGUUGACGCAGGAUGGAAAUAUUUCAAUAGCAUGAUGGUAGACUAUACACUUGAGCCUCGAGUUGAACAAUAUACUUGCAUGGUUGAUCUUCUGGGCCGAGCUGGCUAUCUAAAUCUGGCAUAUGAUCUGAUAAUGACAGUGCCUUGUUCUCCAGAUGACCGAGUAUGGGGUUCCCUUCUUGCAUCCUGCAAACAUCAUGGAGACACGAAGUUGGCAGAAGUUGUGGCAAAUCACAUAUUUGAUCUUGAUCCUUCAAGUGUUGGUUACCGUGUACUCCUAGCAAAUCUGUAUGAAGAUUCUGGGAACUUGAAAGAAGUUUCUCGAGUUCGAACUGAAAUUAAAUACAUGGGACUGAAAAAGCAGCCUGGAUGCAGUUGGAUUGAAGUUGAUAACAGUAUACAUAUAUUUGUUGCUGGUGAUCACUCACAUGAUCAGUCUGAGGAUAUCUAUGCUACCAUAGAAGGUUUAUCACUAGAAAUGAAAAGAGUGGGCUAUAUUCCUCAAAUUCAAACAGCAAGCAAUGAUUACUGGGCCUGA